AAGAAAACAGCCCUGUGAGCAUUUUCGAACCGAUUCGUGAAUUUCAGUUCAUUGGUUCAUAGCAGGCCAUCUUCCAAUUCUACACCGUUUCGCUGAACCGAUUCGUUUUCUUUAACGUUUUUUCACAUCGUUCAAAGCGAAACAAUUGAGGAACGCGCGUUGUCCUGAAAAAAAGAAUAUCAGUUGCUAAAUUUUCCUGAAUAAGACUGUGUUUCGUUUAUGUCAGAGAAAUUGGCUUGGCCGACCGUUUGUUGGAUAGAGUGUUUCUGGAAAUCUAUUGGCAUCGAAAGCUGCUUUUGUUACGCCGAUAGCUCUAUUAUUGUGAUAGUUGAAUGGAUAUGGAUGCUUCCGUUGGUGAAAUUAGUUGCCUGAGCGAAAUUAAACAAAACGUGAUCCGCGAGGCCCACGAUAUUGCUACCGUUUCGAUUAAUCGAAUAAGUAACCUGUGGUCGGAGAUUUUUGAUGAGCACAUCUGCCAAGAUCACAUGAGUCGACUGCCGGAGCACAUUCAAACAUUUUUCGACGAGGUUUACGAGGAAAGCGAAAACCGCAAGAAGAAAAUUUUGGAAACAAUCGAAAAUCUCCGACAAGAGGCACUCAAUCUAAAACGUCUGCUGCGGGAAAACGAAAAGGAGCUUGAUAUUGAACCGGAAAUGCCUCUGCACAUCGUUCAAAUCAAUUUGGAUCGCAGUUUGGAGUGUAUGCGUGAAAAGCUGAAGAUUCGCCAUGAUCAGAUCGAUGAGUAUCUAUUCGAACAGGAGACCCUUUGUGAAGAACUUGGGGAGUCUCUUCGCGAACUAACAAAGGAUCCACUACCGUCAGCAGCCGAAAUGCAAGAUUUCCGUUCGUAUCUUGAUGGUCUUCGAGUGGAGAAGUUACAGCGAUUCGACGACAUCGCAGCGAUGCGUCGGGAAAUCAAAAUUUUAAUGGGUCAUUUAGAUAUCACUCCGCAGUCGGAUCGCCAGGACGAGCUGGUCAAUGCGCGCAAUUUUCCUCCAACCAGAUACAAUCUAACAGAUCUGAGACACUUGCAUGAAUCGGUUUGUUCCCAGUACGAGCAUCUUAAGGACAACAUCGACAAAAUGCGUUCUAAACUACAGAACCUGUGGAAAUAUUUAGCGAUUCGUCCUUCAGUUGUGAAGAAAUUUGAAAAGUACAACGAUUAUACACAGACAACGUAUGACAAACUUUUUACCGAGCUGGACCGAUGCGAGGUCAUGCGACGGGAAAAUAUUCAGGCGUUUGUCGACAGAACCCGGGCGGAGAUCGUGCAAUGGUGGGACAAAUGUCUUAAAUCCGAUGAAGAACGUGCGAGGUUUUCAACUUUCAAGAGUGAUGUUUACAAUGAAGAUUUACUGACACUGCAUGAGAUGGAACUGAACGAUUUGAAAGAAUAUUAUAGCAAUAAUGCAGCAAUUUUUCAACUAGUUGAACAGCGACGAGAAAUGUGGGAAAAAAUGAUUGUAUUGGAAGAAAAGUCCCACGACCCAUCGCGAUAUAACAAUCGGGGUGGAAAAUUGCUGGAGGAAGAAAAAGAACGCAAACGAAUAAGUAUCCAGCUACCGAAAAUAGAACAGCGAUUGAUGGAGGCUUGCAAACGAUACGAGGAAGCAAACAAACGAAAAUUUACUAUUUUCGGUGAGAAUGUUGACGAUGUUAUUCAAGAACAGUGGAAAAAACGAGAAGAAGGCAAAUUGAAGAUUUCUAGCGCCCGCAAGAAGGCUAAUUUGGCCACACCAACUGCGAGCAACAGAACUGCUGCCCUUGUGCGAACUCCUAAAACUGCGGAAACAAUGCUGAAACAUACAAGUAUUAGCAGCCGCACUAGGUUGGGAGUACCAGAACCCACAUUCAAAAGUUCCGCCAAUAAGAAACUUUCCGCGUCCAAAUUAUCUUCAGCUGGGCUGAAACGAAAACUGCCCUCGCCCAAAUCUGGAGCAGUGAAACGCUCAUUGCUUAAGGAUCUAAAUGGAAGCUCGAAGGCUUUUUUAAAACCCGGUGUUCCGGUGUCCGCUAGCAAAAAUCGAGUGAUCCCCAAAUCUCCAGGUAGAAUUCCUGCCGUUACAGUCUAUGAAACGAAAAAUGGUUCGUCUGUUGCUCAAAAGAGGCGAUCGCGACGAAAGUCACACAAGGCUGGCCGUAGUGUUUCAAAAGCCCGACCAGACAUCAUCGUCACAUCAGAUUCGGAUAGCACUAUGCGAUCCGUAUCAGUAUCCUAUGAACACUUUGAGAAUUUCUUUGAACAAAACACUCCAAAUCGUUCAUCCCUAAUGCCAGAACGUGGAGCAGCCUCAUCAUCGACGGCUCUUGCAGGUGGAACUCGCGCAAUCACCCGGCAUAAUCGACGAAACAACGGUACUAAUAUGCUUAGUUCCACAAAUACCGCAUUCGGCACUCCGUCCAAAAUAACGCUUCGCGCACCAUCUGCUUCGAGCACGAUGAUAGCGAGCACCAUUCGAUCUCCAGCGGCGAACAUCACAUCUAGCGGAAACAAGCUCAUGCCAGCAUCGAAGAACUGUCCAAUUAUAUUCUAGGGCUCGAUUUUGAAUCGGCACCUGUUCGUACAACGAUUACACGUUCCGCGCAGAUUGCAAUAUUUGGAUGUUGGCGGUGCUCGUUAAUAAUUGUGUUCGCCUUCUACCCAAAGGGUGAAGGGUGGCAACCGGCUGCUUCAUAAGCGUAACUUAUUCAAUAGUUUUCGUUAACUUUUUUUUCAGUUCACGGGAUUUUAUUGUAUUGCUGUACUAUAUAUAUUUUUAACUAUCUAAGCAUCAAAAGAGAACAAUAAUUAUUUUUAGUAAAUUUUUCGUCUUUGAUUAAGAAUAUAAGGCGUUCUUUAAAGUGGUCAACUCAACCCACAGCUCUCUCAGAUGCAAUGGCGUCUCCAUCUCCCUGUUUUGCAAAUGUGAACUUUCAAAACGUCUCAGAGUGUACGAACCAACCAAUGUAUAAAGUUCAAUAAAAUAUC